GCAAAGAAAUUGGCACCGUUUUCACGGCGACAGUAAACAACGCGUAAGACUUCAUGGAAGGUGAAGACAAGAAAGAUCUUUCAGUAUUGUCACUGCCUCAUUAUUCUUUAAAUUCAUCGUCGUGACUGCCUCGUCAUCUCUUCGAGCGCAAUACGGCAAUCGCGAGCAGCAUCACGUUCACGUGUGCAGUCCACGCCCGCGCCUAUCUUUUCGAAGCAUCCUUUCUUUCGAUCCCUGAGACCUCACGGAAUCUUUACGUAUGGUUAUACGUGUAGGACAUCGGGCCACAUCAUGAUGGACCCGGAACCUCCUGCGCAUCGUGGUACCUCUUUCGGCGUUCGCGCUUCAGCGGACCACAGAGUGGACCUCAGUCUGGGCCCCAACGUCACCGUUAUUGUUCGGCCACCACCCGGUGAAUGGCACUUUGUCAUUCAUAACGAGAUCCUCUGCCGACACUCCGAGUUCUUCGAGUCGCAGUUGGGUGAACAUUGGGGGGAAGAAAAGUGCAUACGCCUAGAAGAAGAGGACCCGAAUGCCUUCGACAUGUUUGCCAGCUUCAUCUACACUGGCAGAGUACACAGCUGGGUGGACUGGGACAUCCUAUACGAUCGUCCAGAGCGAGAAUGGGGUCGCCUACUUCGAGCGUGGAGGCUCGCUGAUCAACUCCGCAGCACUUCAUUCAAGGACGCAUUGGUAGACACAAUGUGCGAGAAGAUGCUACAGGAGAGAAAGUACCCCACCAUACUGUAUGUGGAGGCGUAUCCACACACAUCGGCGGUGAAGGAGGACACGAGAUACGCCACGACGUUGUACGCGGAGGCAUAUCGUCGUACUUCGGCGGGCGCGCCGCUUAGGCGUUUGGCGGUCGACAUUGCUGUGUGGCGCUGGUCUGCGAAAGCCUUUGAGCUUGUGCCUUUUGACGACAGUCGGGAUGAAUUCUUCCAUGACAUUGCCGUGCGCCGGCAAGAGGUCAGCCCGGAGGAGUUGAAGGGCCGUCCACCAUUCUUGAGUCCGAGUUGUCGCUAUCACGAGCACUGCGAGGGCGAGAACGGCGAAGGCGAGGACGGUGAGAAGGGCGAGGAUGAACACGGCGAUGGUGAGGACGAGCACAUGGACGAAGACGAGGACGAGGACAGCAAGAAGAUCCCGUGCUAUAGGACCAUGUUUUAGUGCAGCGGCCACUCUUCAUGAAAGAAGAGAUGGAUCAUGCUUGGCACCGCGAGACGAAUGUGGACUGAGUGCGGGAGUGUGAGAGCCAGAUGGUUUCCCCGAGAGCAUGGUGGCAAUGACGCUUGAUCUUAAAAGCAAUCUUUAAACAAUUGUACUCGUAAAUACAUGUACUGUGCAAUG